AUGGAGGACACAUAUGAGCACAGUCUACCGCUGAAAUCAGACUUGUAUCAAACACUAGAAUGCGGUGCUGAUGGAAAACCAGGAGGCAUUUUGAUUACAAGUGUAUCCCAGCAAGUCAUUCCACAUGUCUGGUUGGGUGGGUACAAAGCGCUUGAAACUGUUGAAUUUCUAGAGAAAAACAAGAUUACAAGCAUUCUGACAUUGGGUCAUUUCAAGCCGUGCUAUUCGCCAGGACGAUUCCUACACAAGAUCAUUCCCAUCACAGAUAAUCCCGAAGCCAACAUCAUUCAUUAUUUUCCAGAAUCCACGGCAUUCAUUGAACAAGCCAUCAAAGAGAAUCACAACAUAUUAGUACACUGCCUAGCAGGCGUAUCACGAAGUCCCACCAUACUGACAGCCUAUCUCAUGGCAACACGGAAAUUACGGUGGAAAGAGGCAUUGGCCAUCAUCAAACAGACGAGGCCAUUUGUAAAUCCCAAUUCAGGGUUCAUUGAACAACUCAAACUCUUCCAAGAGAUGAAUUACACCUUCGACCCCAAUCACCCAGCUUAUUUAGACUACUUGCGCCAUCAUCCUGUAGACGCUGGCCAUGUAGGACACGAGGAUGAGUACGAAUAA